AUGAAGGCAGGCAACAAUGAUGAUGUAGAAGAAGGUCAAUACGAGGGAGAUGGAAAGGGAGAAAACACGGAUCUGAAGGUGGAGGAAAGCAGUGAUGCCAGUGAACAGAGAAGCAGUGAUUGGACAGGACAGGAAGACAACAGUGAUGGUGGGAAUGCAGUGGACCAUUGUGGUUUUGCUGCAACUGAGGAAGAAAAGAAUGACGUCGGAAAUGAAGAAAGCAAUGUUGGAGACAAAGAUGAGAAAGGCAGUGCUGCCGAUAUGCAGGGAGAAAAGAAUGAAGAUGGAAAUGGAGAGGAGCACGGCAAUGUUGCUUCAACUGAAGAAGAAGGCAGUGGUGCUCGCAAGGACAAAGGCAGCCGUGGUGGAACUGAAGAGGAAGAAGACGCCCGUGACGUUGGGAAUAAGCGAGGGAUCCUUUUAGUGGAUCGCAUACAGUGUCCUGUCGAGGACGUGGAGAGAGGUCGCUCAGUGGCAGCUGAGCUGAUGGAGAGCUUCACGCGUGUCUUUAUUGACAGCGUGAGCAAUAGUUUCUACCCGGUGCCUCAAGAAGCCAUCGGGGUGGGCAGUACCUUUGAGGGUUGGAGUCCCCAUGAGCAGGACGUGGUGUACCGCGUGCUGGUCCCACUGAAUCCCCCGCCGGGACACGCCUUCCACCUGGAGCUGAACAGUGCAGGGCAGAUGGCAGCAAGGACCUUCUGCGUCCGUGUGGAGCUGGUGUGCACGUGCGAGAGGGAGCAGCUGGGCGAGAAGCUGUUGUGCUUCCUGCACCACUCGCAGGAGGAGCUGCGGCGGAAGCAGAAGCCCAGCCUCCUAGAGACACUCUGCACCGGCUCCUACCUGGACGUGGAGAAAACCUCCCACUGGUUCUACCAGCUGGUGAGAUGCUCGUGGCUGCAUUUGCCUCAGUCGUACUCAUGGCACUUGGUGUUUCAGCCCUGCAGCCGGUCCUGCCAAUUCCGGCUGAGCAAAGGCAAGAAGAGCCUGAUGGUGGAGAUGCUGUUUGGGGUGCGCCAUGGGGACUCCGACAUCUUUGUGGUCAGCCAGCCCACAGAGGCCCAGAAAGGCGGCUCCAGCAUCUUUGUGAGCAGCCAGCCCGCCGAGGCCGACUCCAUCGCAAGCACAGCGUGGCCUGAGACGUACGCUGUGGCAGAGGCAAAAUUCUUCCAGCACAUCGCCAGGCAGGUGCCGUGUGAGAGCUUGCACCUGAAAUGCCUGCAGCUCUUCACCUGCAUCCUGAGGGGCACAGGUUUUUCCAGCUCGACCUGGAAGACUGUGGUCAUGCACGUGCUGACCACCGUACCGCUGUGCCAGUGGCGCAGGAGGGAAUUUGCGCGGCGGCUGUGGGACAUCAUGGCAUACCUGCACCGCUGCCUGCAGUUGAAACGCCUGGAGCACUUUGUCCUGGGCAACCAGAGCCUUCCUGCAGAGAUCAGCUUGCCGCCGGCAAUGCGAACCGUCGAGCCGCUCAACCUCUUUGAGCACCUGGCCCGAGAUCCGGCCACCCACGCAGAGGCGAUGAGAGCUUACGGUCAGCUGCGAUUCCGCCUCUGGAUGCUGCUCUCCACCCACUGAGAGGAAUUCCCUGCACAGAGCUGUGCUGGCGGGGCUCACACCCGAUGGCAGCCACGUGAGCACUGCAUAAUUCUUGCUUUUUUCACUGGCAAUCCUGAAGCUCAAUGGAUGGAAGAUGCUGCGGCACACGGAUUCACUGUGCAGACACACAUCUCUGCGUUGCCUUGCCCUUCACCUUCCACUCAUGAUGGUGCUGUUGCAAUAUUGCCCAAAGUCUGUAAGGCAGAAACUGGCUCCACCUGCACAUCCUCAUGGAAGACAGUGAUGCUGAGAGGUUGCCUGGCACACCUGGACGACCAAAACCAAGCCUGUUAGACAAUUAACGUAGUUUUUUCAGUGACCUGUAUGUACUUUUUAAUGGUUUUGUAAAGAUGUAGCUCAUCUCAGUCUGUAGAAGUGAAGAUAAUAGUUUUAACUCACUUUACCAUAGGAGAAUAGGUAGUCCAAGUUUUCAUAGUAGGAACUAGUUUCUUCAUCAUCGCGUCAAGACGUCCUUUAGGAUUGUUAGUGUGAGAUUAUUUCCCAGUUACCCUUAGUUUAG